AUGUCGCUCUACUCUAAAUUCUUGAAGGACAUGCUAACUCGGAAGAGCAAGUAUAUACAUAGUGACACCAUUGUUGUGGAAGGAAAUUGUAGCAGAGUGAUUCAACAUAUCCUUCCACCCAAGCACAAGGAUCCAGGAAGUGUCACUAUCCCUUGCUUUAUCGGUGCAAUUUCUGUUGGUAAAACUCUCAUUGAUUUAGGAGCCAACAUUAAUUUGAUGCCGCUCUCUUUGUGUCGAAGGAUAGGAGAGCUGGAAAUAAUGCCAACAAGAAUGACGCUGCAGUUAGGAGACCGCUCCAUCACCAGGCCAUAUGGAGUGAUAGAGGAUGUUUUGGUUCGAGUUAAACACUUCACUUUCCCCGCUGGUUUUGUUGUCAUAGACAUCGAAGAAGAUGCUGAGAUCCCCUUGAUCUUGGGACGUCUGUUCAUGUUAACUGCAAGUUGUGUCAUGGACAUGGGAAAGCGGAAGUUAGAGAUGGACAUUGAAGAUCAAAAGAUCAGUUUUGAUCUAUUUGAUGAAGAACAACAAUUGUUGGACCAAAAUGUUUGUUUGCAAGUGAAGGAGUUUGUUGAAGAGGUUCUGAAGAUGGCUUCUAGAAAGAGAAAGGACCCAGCCUCCCGACCUCGGGAAUCUUAUAACACUUCCAGACUUGCCUCUGAGGUCCCAUGGGAGAGAUAUGCACAGAAUGUUCACUCCCGGAACAUCCUUCUAGAGAGGAAUGUGAAUCUUUUUGUCACAGAGUAUGAUGAAUUCAGGAGAUAG